AUGAAUCCCCAAACCCCCCAAGAACUCCAAUCCCCGGGAUACACACUACGCACCCACCGACCAGGGGAUAUAGGCCAGAUAAUCCACCGCCACGCAGCACUAUACGAAAAAGAACAAGGCUGGGGCACAAAAAUGGAAGCGCUAGUAUGCAAAGUGGGCGCAGAAUUCCUCGAUAACUACGACGCAUCCACUGACCGGUGCUGGAUCGCCGAGCGCAACGACGAGUUCCUAGGCUGUAUAGUUCUCAUUCGAGACAGAGAACUCGUCAACACGGCCAAGCUUCGUCUCCUCCUUGUUGAGCCCAGCGCGCGGGGCCUCGGGCUUGGUAGUGCUUUGAUUCAGCAGUGUACGCGGUUUGCGCGCGAGACGGGGUAUGCGCAGAUUCGGCUUUGGACGCAGAAUGUGCUUGUUUCGGCUAGAAGACUGUAUGCAAAGGAGGGUUAUCGGCUUGUUAGUUCAGAUGAUCAUGGGGCUUUCGGGGAGGGGCAUUAUGGGGAGUGUUGGGAAUUGGAUUUGUGA